UUGCUUGAUUAUUUAUCUCAGCUCUUGGCCCGGUACACUGGCACGUUCACCCCCUGGAAUUUGCAAUCAAUUUUUGUAGAAAUGAAGAAAUUACGACCAAAUCCAAUGUCUCGCGCAAAUAUAUUUUCCUACCUAUCAUAUUGGUGGUUGAACGAUUUUUUUGCUGAAGGAUUCAAGCGAACCUUACAAGAGUCUGAUAUGUUUGAACUUGAUGCUUCCAAUAUGUCCGCAGAAAUAACAAGUGAUUUAGAAAGAAAUUGGGAGAAAGAAAUUCAAAGAACUAAAAAAGCAACCGAACCGAGUUUAAUUCGAGCAGUAGCAAUGACAUAUAGAAGGCGGUAUAUGUUUUGUGGUGUUUUAGUUGUUAUACAAGAAGGUCUUCGAUUAGCAGUACCAGUCUUGAUAGCAUAUCUCGUUAAAUACUUCGAGAAUCAAUCUGUUACUCCAGUUUGGCAUGCAUAUGCUUGCGCCGCUGGGAUAAGCGUCGUUACGAUAUUAUUGGUUUUUAUUCAUCAUCAAUAUUUUCAUGAAACGCGUACAAUUGGAUGGCUUAUGCGAGCAUCAACCUGUGCUUUGAUGUAUAAGAAGACACUUCGCUUGAGUCAGAAAUCAUUGAAUAAUACAACGACAGGUAAAAUAGUUAAUCUCGGAGCCACUGAUGUUCUUCGAUUUGAUCUGCUCCCUAUGUUUCUACAUUAUCUCUGGGUCGGACCGCUGAAAUGUUUAAUUGUUGGAAUUAUACUCUGGCAAGAAAUUGGAAUUGCUGUAUUAACUGGAAUGGGAGUCUUGAUUUUGAUUAUGAUUUUACAAACAUUCUGCGGAUGGGCAUUCGGCAAAUUCAGAAGUAUGACAGCUGUUAUUACAGAUAAACGCAUACGACUAAUGAACGAAGUGAUAACUGGAAUGAGAAUAAUAAAAAUGUAUGCUUGGGAAAAACCAUUUGCAAAACAUGUUUUGAACACUAGGAGGAAGGAAGUUCAAAAAAUUCUUCUAUCAUCUUCAUUGAAAGCUUUUAAUUUCUGCUUCUAUGCAUGCCAAGAUAAAAUACUGACUUUUGUUACGUUAUUGACGUAUGUUGCCUUGGGAGGUACAAUAACAGCGUCGAAGAUAUUUAUAGUAAUGGGGCUCAGCUCAUCUUUGAAACCUUCUACUACUUGUUUCGCGCUAGCAAUUGAAUAUAUGUCAACAACUAACGUAUCAAUGAAGAGAAUACAGAAAUAUUUGCUGAUGGAGGAAUUUGCUGAUAUUGGAAAUAAUUUAAGAUCAAACUCCGACCAAGAAGUUUACGUAGAACUUGAAAACUUCACUGCCAAAUGGGAAUUGAAUGAUGAUGCUAAUGAGAGAUUCGAUAUUGCGUUGAAUUGUGUAAAUGUUCGAGUAGAAGCAGGAAAGUUGGUCGCAGUUAUUGGACCGGUCGGCUCAGGAAAGUCCUCGCUCUUGAGUGCAAUACUCGGUGAAUUACCUGCGGCUGAAGGGAGGGCUACAGUUUAUGGAAAUGUUGUCUACUCCAAUCAAGUUCCUUGGAUUUUCUCCGGUACUGUACGAGAAAAUAUUUUACUUGGCGCGGAAUUCGACGAAGUACGUUACCAGGAAGUAAUCCACGCAUGCUGUCUAAAUAAGGAUCUCAAUCUGCUGAUUGAUGGAGACAUGACACUCAUAGGCGAGAGGGGUGUUACUUUAAGCGGCGGUCAAAAAGCAAGAGUAAGCUUGGCUAGAGCUGCCUACGUAAGGAAUGCAGAUAUAUGUUUAUUGGACGAUCCACUGAGUGCAGUAGAUAUCCCUGUGGCAAGUCAUAUAUUCGAACACUGCAUCUGUGGAAUGAUGAAAAAGAAGGCGCGAAUACUCGUUACUCAUCAACUGCAAUUAUUGAAAAGAGUGGAUGAGAUUCUCAUUUUCAAAGAGGGAAGAGUAUAUGUUCGCGGAACUUAUGCCGAACUUCAGGAUAGUUCAGUUGAUUUUGCUGUUUUGCUUAGGAAAAAAGAAGACAAAAACGAAUCAAUUUUGGGGGCAAAACGACAAACAGUUACAGAAUCCUCUAUUAGCUUGGUAGCAAAUUCACAUGACUCACCACAAACAUCUAUAGUUCCAGAUCUAUCAAUCGAAGAAAAGGAGAAAGAGGGAGAAUCGAGAAAGAUCAAUGCAGAGGAAAUAAGAGAACAAGGAAGUAUUGGAGGAAAAGUUUAUCUCGAAUAUUUCAGAGUUGCGGCAAACGCAUUCUUACUCGUUUUAUUUUUUAUUAUUGUUAUAGUGAGUCACGUGCUAUACAUAAUGAACGACUGUUGGUUAUCAAAAUGGACAACGUCAUAUCAAAAGUAUCUCUCAAAUGUGUCAUCAAACAUUACAGAAUCUUGUUCUGAAACAGGACAAAAUGAAUCGUCUGAGGUUUUUAAUUCGACGACAUCGUUUACAAGUGUUAACAAAACAAUUCUUUCCGUGAUGGUGUUUUUGACUGUGUUGCUUCGUGCAAAUUUACAUUAUUAUAUAUGCGUUACCUCCGGUAUUCACAUGCAUAAGAAGAUGUUUAAAGCAAUCCUACGAGCCCCGAUCAGAUUUUUUGAUACCAAUCCAUCAGGAAGAAUCCUAAACAGAUUUUCCAAAGACAUGGGGCAGAUAGACGAGCUUCUGCCUAUCACAUUCGUUGAUUUUCUGUGGAUUUUUGGCGCGAUCGUCAGCGUUGUAAUCCUCACAUCUGUCGUCAACUAUUUUGUGAUCCUUUUGAUUAUUCCAUUUACCAUUUACUUUCUCUGGCUCAGAAGCUAUUACUUGCGUACUUCAAGAGAUAUAAAAAGACUAGAAGGAUCUUGUAGGAGUCCAGUCUUCAGCUUGCUAUCAUCAACUUUACAAGGUUUACUCACUGUUCGUGCUUUCGGUGUUCAACAACAAUUUGAAGAUAAAUUUCACGAAUAUCAAGAUUUACACAGUGCGUCAUGGUUUCUGUUUCUUGUUGGAACAAGAUGGUUUGGAUUACGACUCGAUUUGAUAACUGCUACGUUCAUAUCAGCUGUUGCAUUUUUCUCCGUAAUUGGCGCUUCAUUACUGAAUCUCAAUCCGGGUGAAAUUGGAUUAGUUUUAACUUACACAGCAUCCCUCAUAGGUAUGUUCCAAUGGGGAGUUCGUCAAAGUGCAGAAGUUGAAAAUUUAAUGAUAUCAGUAGAAAGAGUUCAACAAUAUUAUCGAAUACCACCAGAAGCCGCGUUGGAGAAUCCUAAUAAACAACCACCAAACAGCUGGCCUAGAUGUGGCGCUAUCAAGUUUAAAAACGUCUCCUUUUCCUAUUAUGAUGGUGGACCAAAGGUGCUAAGAAGUAUUGAUUUCGUAAUACAACCACAAGAAAAGAUUGGAAUUGUCGGACGAACUGGUGCAGGUAAAAGUUCUCUUAUAUCAGCACUUUUCAGACUGUCGGAACUAACAAGUGGUGAAAUAUUCAUUGAUGGAAUUCCCAUAUCAUCCUUAGGACUUCAUGAUCUACGCAAAGCAUUAUCUAUAAUUCCACAGGAUCCGAUUCUUUUUACUGGAACAAUGAGAAGAAACAUUGAUCCUUUCAACAAUUAUUCGGAUGAAGAUUUAUGGAACGCAUUGGAGCAGGUUCAGUUGAAAGAGUUUGUUGAAUCUUUUCCUAUGAGACUGAACACAGAAAUCGUUGAAUCAGGAUCUAAUCUCAGUGUUGGACAAAGACAACUUGUUUGUCUUGCUCGAGCAGUUUUGAGAAAAAGUAAAAUUCUAGUGAUUGAUGAAGCAACUGCAAAUGUUGAUAUCAGGACAGAUCGUCUGAUUCAAGAGACGAUAAGACGAAAAUUCAAGCAAUGCACUGUUAUAACUAUUGCUCACCGAAUAAAUACAAUUAUAGAUUCAGACAAGAUAUUGGUGCUAGAGGAAGGACAAGUCAAGGAGUUCGACAAACCAAGUGUUCUUUUGCAGAAAUGGGAUGGCCUGUUUGCUGGCAUAGUAAAAAGCGCUGGUCUAUCUACAGCAGAACCACAUUGCGAAUAGAAAGGCUUCAAAAGUCACAGGAAUCGAUGUUUUUGUUUAUGCUUUCAAUUCAUUUUUAUUCCCGGCACAUAUAAAUACUUGCUAUGAAUAAUAUAUAUUCCGACGUGUAUCAGCAUACUA